CGAUGUGCAGCGGUAAAAAUCGUCCGACGGAAGCUCCCGUCAACAAUGGCGAGCGGAAUCGGCAAACACAAGAUCCUGAAUGUGGGGCCAACAGAGCCUUGGUCCGUCAGGGAGAAACUCUGCCUGGCCUCCUCCGUAUUGAGGAGUGGAGACCAAAACUGGGUGUCUGUUAGCAGAGCCAUCAAGCCUUUCUCCGAGUCCGGACGUCCACCUGACUGGUUCUCCCAGAAGCACUGUGCCUCUCAAUAUUCUGAACUGCUUGAAGCCACGGAAGCACCCAAGCGUAAGCGUGGUGAAAAGGGCGAGGUGGUAGAGACCAUCGAAGAUGUCAUCGUUCGUAGGCUGACCACUGACAGGAUAGAGGAACUGAAAAGGCUCCUUCGAGACACGCAGGAGCAGUACAGGAAGCUGAAGAAGGAGGUGGAUCUGAUUCAGGCGGGUCACAUGGACUCCCAGCUGAAGGACCUGUGGGCAGAGAUCACGUUAAAGAAGAAACAGGAGGAGGAGGAAGCAGAACAGAAGAGGAAAUCUACAGAAAUGGCGUAUCAAGCACGUCAGGUGGUGAAGAACACACCCAAGCGCCUCCCCAGUGUAACGGUCCGCUCUCCUCUGGGGACCAGCCCCCCCACCAUGGACUCCCAGGCCGACUCCUCGGUCUCCACCCCCCCCAUGGAUUCAGAAGCCCCGCCCCCUGAAGAAAGCAGCAGCCUCUCAGUGGCUCAGGGAGUGGGGGCGUUCCUGCCGGUGGCGGAGCCUCCAGCAUCAGGACCUAAAGAUGGAGGCUUGGCGGCUCUGGCUGACAACUCGCCACAGAAGAGGAUCUUAGUCCAGAAAGUCACACCGCCACCUUCACCUCUUUUAUCAGAACUUCUGAAGAAAGGAAACCUGAUCUCAGCCAGCCCUCGCCUGGUUGGAGAAGGAGAUCCAGCGGGGAGCUUAACGAACGGCGUCCAGACGGCCACCGGCGCCGCAGUCUUUCCACCUGGUCAUGAUGUCAUCACAGAAGGUGAGGCAGAAGCUGCGGUGAAGGUGGAGCUCGGGGAUGAGACGGGGUUGGUAGAAGACGACCUCGUAGCCGUGUCCUACAUGGGAGAUGAGUUGGACCUGGAGACAGUAGGAGAUAUCAUCGCCAUCAUAGAGGAGAAGGUGGACGACUCUGUGGAGGCUUUGGAUGCAGCUGCUGUGGAAGCCGCGCUCUCUCUUUGUGAAGAGGCUGUUGCAGAAGGCCAUGCCCUCCCUGGUCCCUGGGAGACCCAGGAACUGAAGCCCUCAGGUGCCACGCCCACCGUCCAGGACUCCGCCUCUACAAUGGAGCCUCAGGAGGCAACCGCCAUGUUGGCCCCGACCCCCGACACUAUCGAGACACAAACAAACCCCGAAGCUAAAGCAGAAGAGCAGAUAAAGGGGGAAGGCGAGGGACCUGAGGUGACGGGAAGUGAUGUCAACUCUUCUGUCACUUCUGAUGAUGGUGCAACAGGAAGUGAGGUUCCUGAGGAGGGCGUUGCUGUGAAGGAGGAGUGGAUCCAACCUGAACACAACCCUGCCUGCCUUGACUCUGAAGACAGCUGUGUGUCAGGGAAAGAGUCCAAGGAGGUGAAGGAGGAGGACUUGGGGAGCGAUGGAGACCCAGAGGAGAUGAAGGAGGACUGUGGGGAGGGCCCGUACCUGUCUGAGGUGGAGCGGGCAGCCAGCGAGAGCGAAGACGGCUACGGUCCACCUUCUCAGCGCUACACAGCAGACUCACUGGCAAGCAGUCCAGCGUCUUCCUCCCAGCUCUCCACAUGUGGAGAGGACCAGGAGGCCGUCCAGGCACAGAAGAUCUGGAAGAAAGCCAUCAUGCUGGUGUGGCGAGCAGCAGCCAAUCACAGGUAUGCCAGCGUGUUUUUGCAGCCUGUGUCAGAUGACAUCGCUCCUGGUUACCACAGCAUUGUACACAGACCGAUGGACCUUUCGGCCAUAAAGAAGAACAUCGAGUUAGGGGUGAUCCGUACCACGGCGGAAUUCCAGCGCGACAUCAUGCUGAUGUUUCAGAACGCCAUCAUGUACAACUCGUCGGACCACGACGUGUACCACAUGGCUCUGGAGAUGCAGCGGGACGUCCUGGAACACGUCCAGCAGUUCCUGGCCACCCAGCUCAUCAUGCAGACCUCCGAGAGCGCCAUCUCGGCCAAGAGCCUCCGCGGCAGAGAGGGCAGCCGUAAGCCGGGGGAGCCGGCUGAGAAGGACAGUGUCCCAAUGGCCUCUCCUGCUUUCCUUCUGUCUCUCUUUGACGGAGGCACCAGGGGUCGCCGUAGCGCCAUGGAGGCCGACCUCAAAAUGAAGAAGUAGAGCGAGCUUGUUGAGACGCCGUGCACCAGGAGCCUGGUUUAAAAGGUCGAUCACAGCGAGCUGGAUAUUUCCUGGAGCAGUUUGACUCCGUCAUGUUUCUCCGCGGAGAACAAACUGGAUCUUUAGAUUAAAGGAACCAAACCUUUUCACCAGCAACGCUUGUUUGGGAUCAAACCGUGAAGCUCAGGAUGAGUUUUGCCCGUUAGAUUUGAUGACAUUGAAUGUUUUGUACCUCGUCUCUUGAAUGAAUCCUGCACCAACUUGUGCCCAGCUGACAUCGGCUGAAAACACCAGACGGCAGCGACAUGAAAACAAAUGGAGCUCCGCUAAAACGUUCAUUAUGAUUCAUUAAGACUUCAUCGUUCUCUGGGUUAUCCAGGGUCUGUCUCGCUGAUCAGGAGUGGCUCGGUUUGAUCCAGUCCGCUGGCCAGGACAAACAAGUGCAUGAUUUAUGAAUAAAAUCCACAUAAUCAUUUAAGCAGACCCUUUUCAAAGCAUGACUUCAGAUGGAAGUUAAAUCUGAUUAAACAGAUUAGUCAGGAAAGGGAAAUCAGGAGUUUAUGUUGGAUUUAUCUCAGAAGCUGGUGAGUCUGUCUGAACCAGAGCUCAGCAGUUCCUAGUGAGAAGAUAACCUAACCAACCUCUAGGUGUUAUUAAGCCCUUCACCAAGUCUGGACAAGGUGGGCCGAGUUUGUUACUGCUGGUAUUAGGAUGUAGUCUCUGUGUGUGUUCACGUUGUAAAUGGUUUUAGACCGCUGUUGGGAUGUUUUAGAUGGACAUCCAAAGUUCUGUACCACGGGAGGGUCCUUAGUCCGAGUGGCUGCAUCAUCAUGUUCUGUGUGUGUGUGUUUGUGUAUACAUUUAUUUGUUAAAGAUUUGACCUAAAAGCUGAGGUCAGAGUUCAUUUAAUGCAGGAUUUACUUCAGAAAACUACGGAUUACGGACUUCAGUCAGCGACAGAAUUUUACCAUCGCUGAGUCUCACUGAUCCCUGAGUUCCCAGUUUCAUGAUGCAGGAGAGGUUUCUUAUUAAAGCCGAGUUUCAGUCUAAAGCAUCCUCUGGUCAGUGAUACUGUAGUAAAGUACCGUACACAGGACAGUGUAAAUUAUUUAUUUAGCAGCUUUAUAAAUACAAAAACAGAAUUCAGGAGGGACCAGCACCUUCCUGAUGGAAAUUAAGAUCUUCAGUGUUUCGAGUAAAUACUGACAAUCUUAACGUGCCGUUUGAGGACCUGCUCAAAGUUCAUGUAUGAAUAAAAAAAUCUGAGCAU